GACUAAGAAGCAUCAGUUCUCAAAUCAAGAGCUUCAGCACAUCACCAGCUCUCUAAUUUGUUAUUUUAUUUAAUAAACAUCCAGUUUGUGUUUCUAUAACUUUUAAUAGUCGAGGUAAAUCGACUGAGUCGUUAAGUUAUUAGACCGAUACUUUUACAAUCAUGAGAGUAUUCAUGAUCGUUGCGCUCGCCGCAGUGGCGAUGGCACGACCGGAAGCUGGUUACUCGUAUCAGCAACCCAGCAGCGGCUACGGAGCACCGGGUGGAUCUGGUGGACUGGGGGGUGGACACGGUGGAUCAUCUGGACACGGGGGUGGUCUGUCACUUGGUGGUGGAUCAAGUGGUGGAUUCCUGAGUGGAUUUGGAGGUGGAUCUAGUUUGGGUGGAUUCGGCGGUGGAUCCGGUGGAUUCAGCGGUGGAGCUGCUUCAUUCGGUGGUGGAUCUGGUGGAUUCAGCGGUGGAUCCGGUGGAUUCAGUGGUGGAUCCGGUGGAUUCAGCGGUGGAUCUGGUGGAUUCAGUGGUGGAUCCGGUGGAUUUGGUGGUGGAUCUGGAUUUGGCGGUGGAUCCGGUGGAUUCAGCGGUGGAAGCAGCGGUGGUGCUUUAAUCCAGAAACACAUUUACGUACACGUUCCACCACCAGAAGCACCAGAAGAACGUCCAUUCAGACCUCAGCUCCAAACUGCUGCACCACAGAAACACUACAAAAUUAUUUUCAUCAAGGCACCAACCCCACCAGCACCAACUGCACCUGUAAUCCCAGCUCUCCAACAAGACGAACAGAAAACUCUUAUCUACGUUUUGGUUAAGAAACCCGAAGAUGCUCCAGAAAUAAACUUGCCCACUGCCGCACCAACUCAACCAUCCAAACCCGAGGUUUACUUCAUCAAAUACAAGACCCAGAAAGAAAGUGGCUCAAUCGGUGGUGGAUCAAUAGGCGGUGGAAUCGGCGGUGGAUCAAUCGGUGGUGGAUCAAUUGGCGGUGGAUCAAUCGGCGGUGGAUCAAUUGGUGGUGGAAGUGGAAUUGGAGGUGGAUCAAUCGGCGGUGGAUCAAUCGGUGGUGGAUCACAUGGUGGAUCAAUUGGUGGAGGAAGUGGAUCAAUCGGCGGUGGAAUCGGUGGUGGUGACGGACACGGUGGAUCUGGACCAAGUGGACCAAGUGGCAACUACGGACCACCUGGACAAUCUGGUCCUUACUAGUCAAUUGAUAACCAACAGCAACACCAACGAUUACAAUGAGAACCGGAGACUACGAUACCGAUUCUCAUUGUAAAUUCUCCUCGACCUUCUGCUCUACUCAUUAAUUUAACGAUCAUCAUUAUUAUAAUUAUCAUUAUUAUUAAUAUUAUUGUACUUAACAAACGCACGUGCGAGCGCAAAUUUAAACGUGCGCCCGUUCCACGUUCGACGCGGUAGCGCAAAGUCGAUCGUCCGAUGCCCGCAACGAUCGGCCUUCCGCUACCUAGUACUCUUCUCUCUAUACCUUUUUGUACCAUGUUCUUUUCCUUCUUAAUUGUUGAUUUAUGAUAUUAUAUAUAUAUAUAUUUUUUUUAUAUUAAUAAUAUUAAUAUUAUUAAUGUCGUACAAUUGUAAUUGUAAUAUACGUGUCUGAAGAUCAGGAUAUUUUUGUAAACGAUAACGAUAACGAAUCGACGACUUUGUUAUAAAUGACCAACACGACUACGGCGCGCAAUGUCGAGGGAUAAUGUACCUCUUUAUUUUUAUACGUAAUACACUUUUUGCAACAAAUACGGUGGCGAAAUAAAGCUUCUUUAUGUAUUUUUUACAUAA